CCCUCAUUCACACCGGGCAGCGAGGGGGUUUUAACCCGCACCAGUACCUGUACUUUUUUAAUCUCCCGUUUGACUCUCUACACAGCGACCGGCCGCCCGCCAUGGAUGUGUUUAAGAGCCGGUUGCUGGGCAUUUCCGUGGCCGUUGCGCACGGCGUUUUCUCCGGCUCUCUGAACAUCUUGCUGAAGUUCCUCAUCGCUAAUUAUCACUUCACCUUCCUGACGCUCAUCCAGUUCCUGACCAGCAGCACCGCGGCGCUCACCCUGGAGACCCUCAGGCGGCUGGGGAAGGUCACGAUCCCCCCGUUCAGCCUGCAUCUGUCCAAGGAGUUUGCCGUGGUGUGUGUCCUCUCCACGCUGCAGUCCACCCUCACUCUGUGGUCCCUGCGAGGCCUCAGCCUGCCCAUGUACGUCGUGUUCAAGCGCUGCCUGCCGCUCUUCACGCUCAGCAUCGGAGUGUGCGUGCUGAAGAACGGCGUGCCGUCCAUCGGGGUGGUGACCGCCGUGCUCAUCACCACCGCUGGAGCUGCACUGGCUGGUGCUGGUGAUCUCACCGGCGACCCCUUCGGUUACGUCACCGGUGUGUUGGCGGUGAUCAUCCACGCCUCCUACCUGGUCGUGAUCCAGAAAACCAGCCUGGACAGCGAGUACGGACCGCUCACUGCGCAGUACGCCAUCGCCAUCAUGGCCUCGCCGGUGCUGCUGGUGUGCUCCGUCAUCUCAAUGGACGCCGUCAACAUGUGGUCAUACGAGGGCUGGAAGAACCCCUACAUCACGGUCAUUUUCGUCUUGUGCGUCUUCAUCGGCUGCGCCAUGAACUUCACCACGCUGCACUGCACCUACAUCAACUCCGCCGUCACCACCAGCUUCGUCGGCGUGGUCAAGAGCAUCGCCACCAUCACCGUCGGCAUGCUGGCGUUCAACGAUGUCGCGCCGACGGCGCUGUUCAUCGGCGGCGUGGUGGUGAACACCGUCGGCUCCAUCACCUACUGCGUGGUCAAAUACUUUGAGACGAAGAAGAAGAGCUCGUAUGAGGAUCUGGAAGAGGCGCUGAAGGAUGGCACGCUGCCGGGAGAGCCUUACCAAGAGAAACCGCCGCUGAAUGGCGACGGGCCCGCCACUGGCACCGGAUCUGAUCCAGGACAACCAGAGAUAGAGGGAGUGUUGACCAGUGAUGGGAAGGAGGAGGCCGCGCCGGAAGGUUUGGCUAAUGGACAGUUGUGGACAGAAGAUGGUGGACGAGGAGACAAAGAAGCAGACGUGAAUUCUGGUGUCAUGACGGAAAAAGAGGCGCUGGAGAUGCAGAGGGAGCACCUCCACAGGGAGAACACCACCUCUGGUCAGUCGGUCAGUGACAGCUAUCUCGGGGUGUGGAGGUCCAUCAGACACCUGCAGUUUGUGAAGAAAGAAUCUUUGAUUGAGAACAUGGAGCAGCAGAGUCCGUAAGGGCAAGACAGAGACCACGACUGACUGUGAAAAAGAAAACUGGGAACGAAUUGGAGGAUAAAAAAGCCUUGAACAUGCUGAAGAAACCAGAGGAGAAGAAAAGAAGGGGAGAAUAAAAUGACAAACCGAAGCUCUGUGUCCCCCGGGAACCUCUUUUAUUAGCAUUAAAUUAAAGUGCGUAAAUGAAAGCCCACGUUUUUGUGCCGAAAAUUCAGUUUCUUCUAACAGGGCUUUGGGUGCAAAAACAGGCUCUCAGUGUUGUUAAAAGCAGGAAACAGAGUCAUUUUCCUUGUUCACGAUGAGAAUAAAAAGAGGUUCCUGGUGGACAUAGGUGGAUGGAGAGUUUUGGGAGAAGCUGCCUGUCAGAGAUAAAUUGGGCCUCUCGUCUCCUUCAGCGGGGGACAGGCUAGCCAGCCAGUAGCAUGAUUUGGUUUGGUUUGUGGCCCCACUGAUUAGACAGUUUUUGAAGAAGAACGAGUGCAUCUUGUGCAAAGAAAAUGUCAAAUCUAGUCAGGGAACAGCAAAACAAACAGAAAACACCUGAACGUUUCUUUUCUGUUUUAACCUGGCUGAAUUCUUGUUUCUGAUUGGCUGCGGGGGUGUGUUCACGCUGGGUCCGUUUGUUUGAGUCUGGACAUGAGCUUGACGGUUUGUAUCUAUCUUGUGUCCAACCCCGCGGGUCCACUGCCACUUUGUACUGCUGGUUUACGUUUACAUUGUGUGUCUGCUCACCAUCAUCGUCACCAGACACAAAACGAUGUCAGCGCCUGUCCUGAGUGUCUUCACGCUGAACAUCAAUUUUAUUUUCAGCUCGUAUCACUGAGGUGUUUUAUAUUUCUUGUUUCCUUGUGGUGCCACUAAUGACAGUAGCUGUCCAACCCAGCUAGCUUACUCUCAGUAAGUGACAGUAGCUACUUAGCUUGGUUACUGAUAGUGAGCAAGCUAGUUAGCUUGGUUGCUAACAGGUCAAUAAUUUAACAUCUUAUUCAAGAGGCAGACUGUAUUUGUAGCACUGACUGUCUGCAAACCAUGUCUCUUUUGUGGAGGAGUUUAUUCUCCCAGUCAAAUUGAAAUAGAUGGUGUUAACACAGCUAACGAGCUAGGAUAGCUUCCGCCGUUUUGAGCUCUGCUUUCCAGCACUGCCGAGAUGGUUUUCUGUGGGUCAACAGCGUAAAUUCCCCGGUCCUGGUUAACCAAAGUUGACGUCAACAUGAAAGAUUGGCGUGGUUUACACCACCGUUAGCAAAUUGACUGAUCGCAGCACUGCCAUUGACAUUGAUUAAUCUUGCUGUUUUAAUUGAUGGCAUAUGGCCAUUUGACUUGAAUCACUGUCAGACCUCCUCAGUCAGGUGGGCCCUGGUGAAGAUUUCUUGGUCCAAACCGGGGUUAAAAACGUGUUCCCCAUCACCAGAUUUCUUUUGGUUAAACCUCUCCCGAAUUCAGACGUAACUAUCAGUGUGAAAGUGGACCAUGGAAGCAAACCUAUUUUAACAUUUGCUCCAUAACCUUUUAUUUAUGUCUAACACAGUCCUCUUAUUGACCAUGACACAAGUUGGAUAAUCGACUCAAAGGUGACCGGCGUAGUUUCAGUUUACGGGUUUGAGGUCUCUGCCGUUCAAACUUCUCCUGCCAAUCCAGCACACAAAAACAUGUCUUCCCAGAAGAGUCUUGGUUACUCUGAAUAUUCCAUCAAUAUGACUGAACACUUAUUAUUUUUACCACCAGUACAAAACAGUGGCCAAUAAUUCCCUCCCACAUCGAGCUCCGUGUGGAGGCAUCCAGCACAAAGCAACAACUGUUUGUCUCCCUGUGCCUUCAAAUCCUUUUGAUGCACACCUUGUCGAAGAUGAUCCCCUUCUUAUUUCUCUCCUAAUUCAUUAGUUUUGGAAACAGACCUGAAUUUGAUGCCUCGAACUGUGCUGCAGAUUACAGAGAGCUCGAGAAAAACGCCUGGACAGAUGCUGGAAGGAAAGGUAGCGGGUUACCAGCUUUGGUUAGAUUUGGACAAGAGCCUGUCUACGUGAGCUCUGAGCUCAAAAAAACAUUCAUGUUUGAAAUAAUUUUCUGUCAGCCAUAUCUGCUCUGAUUAAAGAUGCAAUCGGAAACUUGUGAUGAAAAAUAAAAACCGACAUCCAGGUGUUUUAAAGGCCGUUGUCCUUUAAUUGAUUCAUGUUAAUGUGAAAGUGAUGACACGGUGUCUUUACUGUCUAAAUGUGAUGCAUUGCAGCUGAAAGGGAGAGCUGUGGUAGGACAUGCGCUCCUCUAAAGCCUCAAAGUCACUGUGUUU